GUCUUAAAACAGAACAACUCACUCAGAAAUCCGCGUGAAAAUGCUGCAAAACGUGACAAUAACACUCCUCAUCAAUUUAAUCUUCAUGUUCUCCACUGGUACAUUUGUCUCUUCGUGUAUCUACAAAGCUGUGGGUGGCAAAGUUGUGAUUUCAUUUGAUGAUGCAAAAUUACAAGAGGACAAUGAACUGAGAUGGACACAUAAUAAACAGAGAGUUUAUUUGAAAAAAGGCUCGCAAAUUAAGCUCAACAUGCUCAACGUUAGUGAAGAUGGAUCACUAAUACUGGAGAACGUACAGAAAGACAAAUCUGGAGAGUACAAGGGCAUUAUCUAUGAUGCAGAAGGAAAGUUAAGAAAGGAAACCGUACAACAGCUCUGUGUUCUGGAGCCAGUGCUUGAACCUACAGUCAUGGUUGAGUGUGUAGAAAAAGGAGUAAAUCUGACUUGUAGUCCAAUGAGCAAAACUGAGGUUGUGUCCUGGAUGAAAAAUGGCAUUAUUACUAAUGCGACUGGUGCCUUUUUACAUGUAAUUUCAUCUGAGCUCAAAUCUGGAGAUCAUUUCUCAUGCACAGUCAGCAACCAGAUAAGCAAGAAGUCAGCAAAAGAAGUUAAGCCAGUUUGCUCUGACACAGAUCUAUAUGCAACAACUGCCAAUGACGACAAAGAAAAAGAAGUGAACAGCGAGAAUGGAAAUGAACAAAAUAUAGAUGUGAAUGAGAAUAUAUUUAUAUUUGGCUUGGAUUUAUGGUGGAUGCUGGUGAUCCUGACAGGGGGAGGAAGUUUCCUUCUCAUACUCUUCAUCAUCUGCCUUGUCUGUGUCUGCCGCUGCUACAGACGAAACAAGAGGAAGGCAAAAGAGGAAGAAGAGUACCGGCUUACAUCUCUAAUGCCAGAUCACACAAAUCCGCCUGAUGAGCAGUACAUGCAAACCACAUCGGAGAGGUCUUCUAAAAGCAAGCGUCCUCUUCCACCCUUACCCAACCCCCAAGGUCCUCCUUGUGUUGGACCGCCAUAAGAGAACAACCUGGCCUCCCAGAGACAUUGAGACCAAGACCAAGACCAAUGCUGAAUAGAAUAUUGUUUAUAAUAUAUAUACUGUAUAUAUAU